AUCUCAGAGACCUUUAUUCAUACCUCAAAGGUCUGAGUCACUGCAUUUUAACCAUAUGCAUACAUCAUUCUGAAGGGCACAGUAAUGCAGGUUUUUGUUGAUACAUUGCUGAUUCUUGGACUAAGAUGAACUACUCCUUGGAAAAUAAAUCUUAUAAUCAACAUCCAUCUAAGGAGCAGCAAAAGAAGAGCCUAAAGGUCACAGGCUGGGAAUAACCUGCUUACUAUUACUGAAUGUGCUACACUCAACCACCAGCAUGUUUGAGCUGGUACGGUCACAGAGAGACAAUCCCCAGAACUACAUACAGUACUCCAGAGAAAAUCUUGCAAACUGUGUCUGCCACCUCUGGAUACAUGAAGGAUGGUCCAUGACCACAGAGUAAAAAGAGAAGGACACCAUUUGGAAUUUUCCCAGGAGCAGCCUGAAUAUAUAUCUUCAUGCUAACACCCUCAUGAGCAAAGGCAGAAAUUCAACAAUGAAGCAGGAAUCUGCAAGUGUUCUUCUCCUCCUAACUGCCUUGUAUGCCAUUUAUAAAGUGGAAUCUUGCCCUAGUGUGUGUACCUGCUACUCUGAUCCCAUGACAGUCAGCUGCCAGUCCCAAAACUUCCAACAGAUCCCCCCUGGUAUUCCUGCGAACAGCCAGCGAGUCUUUCUCCAGAAUAACCGCAUACUGGAACUCCGCACUGGCAGCUUUGGCAUUCACACCACUGUGCUCUGGCUCUAUUACAACAACAUCUCCUAUAUUGAGCCAGGUACAUUCUGGAAGCUGAGGAACCUGGAGGAGCUGGAUCUUGGAGAUAACCGAAACCUGAGGAAUUUGGAUCCAGAUACCUUCAGGGGGCUAGAAAAGAUCCAAAGUCUUCAUAUCUAUCGCUGUGGCCUAAGUAGUUUGCCUCCCACCAUCUUUAGGAAGCUUUAUACCCUUCAGUACCUCUACCUCCAGGAAAACAACCUUCAGUAUCUUCAGGAUGACCUUUUUGUGGACUUAGUCAAUUUAACCCAUCUCUUCCUUCAUGGUAACAGUAUCCGUGUCCUUUCCAAGAAUGUAUUCCGUGGGUUAUUUAACCUGGAUCGGCUUUUGUUACAUGUGAAUAAAAUUCAGGUGGUCAACCGGUGGGCUUUCCAAGAUCUCUCCAAAGUGACAAUCCUUUAUCUUUUCAACAACAGUCUUUCUGAGCUCAGUGGAGAAACCAUGGAUAGCCUGGCAUCCCUACAGUUCCUUCGGCUUAAUGCAAAUCCCUGGAUCUGUGACUGCAGAGCCCGCUCACUCUGGGAAUGGUUCAAGCGUUUUCGUGUUUCCAGCUCAGAUCUGAUCUGUGUCCUUCCAGAAGAAAAGAAGGACCAAGACCUGAGGUACCUGACAGAUAAAGAUUUCAGUGCCUGUCCUUUAAGCAAUCCAAGUCAAGAUAGAACAAUUGGUAGAAACAGGGCUUCAAGCAAUGGAAGACUAGGGUUCAAUGGCACACUAAACAACUUGUAUGGGUCUGCUGAAGGCAAAGGUUCUAGUCCUAAACCAGAUCCUUCCACUUUCUAUAAGGGCCUGAAAUCAAAUAAUGGUUUGAGCCCUAAAUAUAACAUGCCAACAGGUGAGGAUGACUGGCCGAACUAUGAGAAUGAGGGGGAGCUCACUUCCUCCUCUCCAAACAGAAAGAAAAAGUUACCAGGCAGAUGUUUUGGUUCAGAAUGUGAAACAGAAGACUCUUCCAUCAGUCAGUGGUUCUGCCACUGGUUUGUAUGGAUACCUAUAUUGGCUACAGCACUGCUGUUUCAUUAGGAUCUUGAAAGUUGGUUUGCUGCCACAUUGUGUAAGGAAGAGAACCGAAACCAAGUCCCACUUUACUAAUCGAAAGAGAAAGUGUACCCAGAAGCCCUCAAGGCAGGACAGUUCACAUACUAGCCUGAAAUGAGAUGGUGUGUUCCUUUAAGAUGAAGCCAUUGUCUUGCACAACCAACACAAUGUAAAUAUUAUCUGAUGACAAAUAAUUUAGUUGAUGGGACUUACACAAAAUAUAUUUAUAUAUUGAAUUCUAACUGGAUAUAUUAACUUUAAUUAUGGACAAGAAUGUCUGAACCUCUGAACAAACUGCAUUUAUUUGUUGCUCCACACAUGAUCUUUUUCUUACACUCAACACUUCAGUAAACCCAUCAGCUACUAGGAGGGGUAUGACUUUGUGAAGAAACAAAGUAAUCACAGAUUCAUAAGAGUGGUGGGGAGCAGUUUUCCGCUCUACAAUGUAUUAUUGGCUCUCCUGGGCCAUCAUAAAGAAUGUUUUCAUUUUUUAAUUAUUUUUGUGCAGUUUACUUAUUUUAUGAAAGUGUAAGCGAAUCACAUUGCACUUUUUUAAGUGGAGAUGUUCAGAUAAAACUAGUACAAGAUGCUAGGAGCUGGAGUCAACAUGCGUCAGUGAAUGCUAAAAGUUUUAUGUAAUGUUGAAUAGUUACUGGUUCUAAAAGCUGUCAUAAUAAAGCACUGUUUGAUUGGAGUAACCUGAGAAAGUAGUGCUUCACAGGAAUGUAGUCAUGUGUAAAACUUUACUGUUUAAGGGAUACUGUAUGCCAGUGGAAAACUGUAAGCCCAAAUAAAUUUAUAAUUGUUUGAUUA